AUGAGGACAAUUGUUCUAUUGGCCGUGGUCGCAUUGGGAGGUGUGUCAGUAAUCAUGGGAGACACUAAUCACCGCCACCAUUACGGAGUUUCAUUUGAAGACGGUACAUGCAAGUACCGCAAUAAAACACUUAAAGAUGGAGGCUCUGAAAGAUUUAAGUACCCUUGUGAACACUGGCGUUGCGACGUAAAGGCAAAAACACUUACAGUUCAAGGGUGCAGUGUCAACACACCCGAUGGAAGUUGCGUCCACGUGCACAACCCCCGUUUCAUCUGGCCACAUUGCUGUCCAAGGAAUCCCAUCUGCUAA